GGAGUCUCAUUUGCAUAUUUCUCUUCACGCACUUAAGGCGCGGUGGAGACGAGGCGAGCGUGGAGUUGACGUCUCCCACCUCUUCCCACAGAGGCGCUCGCACUUCCUCACUUUUCUUGUCCGCGAAACUUUUGGAAACUUUUCCCCCCCUUCUUUUGCACGGACGCUCCCACCCCUUUGCAUUCCCCCGUGUCGGUCCGGGGACUGGCCACGUUGCGAGCCAUGUGUAGAACCGCGCUCCUGGCAGCCCUGUGGGUCUGGAGCUGCUGCCUCGUCGCGCUUUGCGGAAAGUCGGCUAGCCAGAGCAUCGCGGUCUCGAGAAACAUUACAGAAAAGAAGAAAGACUUCAGUGGUAUUGAGAGUAAAUUUUCUUUAAGGAUACCUGAGAAGCCUGGUGAAGAUGUUUGUCAUCUAGUUCCUGGACAGGAAACAAGUGUAGCUGAUUGCAACUUCAAUCAUACCAGUAAAACUUUUAUGGUUAUACAUGGAUGGAUGGUGGUUGGCAUGUUUGAGAGCUGGGUUCCUGAGCUGGUGAAGGCACUGUAUAACAGGGAGCCUGAUUCUAAUGUCAUUGUGAUUAACUGGCUAGCUCGGGCCAGUUUACAUUAUACAGUGUCCGCAGACUUCACACAGCAGGUGGGAGAAGAUAUUGCUGCAUUUGUUGAUUGGAUGGAGGAGCAGUUUAGUUAUUCUGUUGACAAAGUCCAUUUGCUGGGAUACAGCCUUGGUGCCCAUGCUGCUGGCAUUGCUGGAAGUCUGACUAAUAAAAAGAUUAAUAGAAUUACUGGUUUAGAUCCUGCUGGGCCUCACUUUGAAUAUGCUGAGGCAUCUAAGCGCCUUUCUCCAGAUGAUGCCGUCUUCGUAGAUGUCUUGCAUACUAACACAAGGGGCUCCCCAGAUCGCAGUAUUGGCAUACAGAAGCCUGUUGGCCACAUUGAUAUCUAUCCCAAUGGAGGUGGCUUCCAGCCAGGUUGUGAUAUAGCAGCAGCCCUGCGCCUGAUUGCUCAGAAAGGGUUUCAGAAUGCGGAUCAGCUGGUAAAAUGCUCUCAUGAACGUUCCAUCCACCUCUUCAUUGAUUCCCUGUUGUAUGAAGAAAAACCAAUAAUGGCAUACCGAUGCAACUCAAAACAAACAUUUGAAAGAGGUCUCUGCUUGAGCUGCAGAAAGAAUCGUUGCAAUAAUUUAGGCUAUAAAGUCAAAAGAGUAAGAAGCAAGAGGAACAGCAAAAUGUAUCUAAAGACCCGUGCAUACGCUCCUUAUAAAGUCUUCCAUUUCCAGGUCAAGGUACAUUUUUUUGGAAUAUUGAACAUAACCAAGAGAAACCAACCAUUCCGUAUUUCUUUCUAUGGCACUAAGAAGGAAAGUGAAAACAUAGCAUUUGUAAUGCCUGAGGUCUCCACCAACAAAACAAGUUCCUUCCUAGUAUAUACCGAAGUUGAUAUUGGAGAUCUGCUUAUGGUAAAACUGCAGUGGGAGAAAGAUUCUUUUUUCAGUUUGGAAAACUGGUGGGAUACCCCUGAAUUUAGCAUACGAGUUGUCAGAAUCAAGUCUGGAGAAACCCAGAAAAAGUUGGUGUUCUGCUCUCCGAGUGGAUUCUCCUCCCUCCAAAAAGGGGGUGAAGCUGCAGAAUUUAUGAGAUGUCAUGAGAAAAAACAUAAUGCCACAGAUUCAUGAGACUAGGCCAGAAUAAUAAUGAACAACUGAAGACAUUCUGUUUUGGAAAGGAAAUCCCCCAAGGUGCUGACUAAACAGGAAUGAUUGUACUGAAAUAAUUAUCUAUCUUCUAUAAUACUGUCAGCGGACACUACCCAAGCAAUAAUUUACAGUACUCAGACUUAAGUCUGAUUUGGUUUUGCUAGGAUAUGACUAGCACUGUAUAUCUAAAUUCACAUCCAGCUGGAAAGACUGCAGGGCAGAUGGACAAUAUCUUCAUUCAGAUCAGCAUCUGAAAGCACACUUGAUUCCUGAUCUAGUGAGCGACAUGUAUGCACAAUCUACUUCUACGGGUAGAUCUCCUUAUCUGGAUCAUCUCAGCACAUAACACAAACUACACAAACCAACUUUAUUGUUAUAAUUAAGAAGAUCUCUCACAGAUGGUGAUUUUUGUAUUAUUCAGAGCAAACUGCAAUAAUUCUUGUACCACUUUGUGAAAAGUCUGUUGUUUUAGAAUACACUUGUGUAAAAAAAAACCCUAUUUAUUUAAGAACUGCUUAUUUUUACUUGCAUUUGGGCUAAGUUUUUUUUUUUUUUUGAGUUCUACAAGUGGGUGUUUUGCUAUGCAAUGUCCAUUCAGCUGAUUUCUGCGGUUUCGGAGCUUUGGCUGGCUAUAAAUUUCUUUUAAACAAUUAAGAGCAAUAUAUAGACUUUUUAUUCAAUAUAUGCUUACAAGCCAAAAUAUAUUUCUGAAUAAUGAUGCUUUGUAGGUCUGAAAGAUUCCAGAGUAAGCUCUUUCACAGUAGGUAAAUAAUUAACUUUAGGAAACACUUAGCAAUCUGUAAUGUCUUAUAUGACAAUAAAUUCACCACAGGAGAAAAUAACUAACAUUUUCAGUUUCUCAUGUACUAAAUGUACUCUUUACCCAAUAACUAUCCCUAAAAAGCAGCUGCAGUAUCUUAAAAAAUGUAGGAAUAUUACUUCUAACAAUUUUGUUACCAGACACAAAAUUACUGUACUGAUUGUGGACAGUGAUGACAACUGAACCGAAAACUUCCACAAAUCCAUGUCCUAACAAAUAAUGUUCCUCUUUUUUUAUAGUGGUGUUUCUAACGAAAAUAAAACUUUUUGUAAGCUGUAAGAAUGAGAGAAACUGAAAAGUGUGUUUUUCCCCCCCUAAAGUAUUGUAUAUUGUAACAAGACGUAGUGUAUACAUUUUUGGAGAAUACACAAAUAUUUGAAUCAGAAAGUAUGGACACACAAAAGAGGUAUUUGAUACAGAUAAUUUAACAAGCAUUUAUUGGCAUGUUCAAAAUAAUUCACUAGUUUUAGUUUUUUAACCAAAAUCUCAGACUUUCAAAGUUGCAACCAACUAUAUUCACAGUAGUUUAGUAAAUUGUACACUAAAAAAAGGAAGAUAAGUUGUACUUCUGUGAAGAUGCACAAGAACAUAAAUAUGCCUGAAUACUGCCAUUCUAGUUCCUGAUUGUCCAACAUAGUAUCUCUUAUAAUAAGAAAAAGGUUAUCAAAUAAAUGUGUGGCAAAAAUUAAAUGCAAUGUUUUUAAGAUUUUUUAUUGAAAUGGUUUCCCGACACACCAGUUUUUCAUUCAGGCAGGAAGUAAAACUUAAGUUUGAAAAGUGAACACUGAAGGACAUCUUUAAAGAUGUACAUAAUUUCUUCCGGAUGAAGCCAAUUUCUUCGGGGUGAGGUUUAAAAGACAACGUCUUAACAAGUUGAAGAUUUUUAAUGCAAAGUCAAACACAAUGCCAAUAGCACUUGAUCAUCAAAAGGAAUUUUAUGUAUGAGAAGAUAUAUCUUGACUUUAAUUGUUCCUAUUUAUUAUUUGUAAAAUAUAUGUGUGUAUAUAUGUAAAUCUUUGUAUAUAUUGCUGAAGUACUGAAAGCUAUAUUCAUCUAUAGGCUGGUGACACAGUUUUCUCAAAAUGAAUAUUAUGUCACAUGAAAAAAUGCUGCAAUGAUCAUUUGUUUCAAGACAUCUCUACUUUGUAUAUGUUGACAUUUGCAAAUAUUAAAAGGAAGAAGCUAUUAAUGAAA